AUGAAUUCCUUUAAUUGCUUUAUUUGCAAAUCUUUGCCCUCCUGGAAAUGCAAUUGCUUGAAUCCUUGCACUUUUGGCUGCUGGGAUCAUAUUGAAGAUCACUUAAAAAGUAAUUGCACUAACCAUGAAAUCAUUAUCAUUCCAAAUACUCUAGAGCCAGUUAUAGCCCAAAACUUCAUUUAGAUCGCUCUGAGCUACCAAGGGUAAUACCAACUGGUGAGCUGGCUCGGAAAACAACAGUAUUAAUCAGCUCUGCCAAUUAAUAAGCACCACUUGCCAACUUGUAAAGUUAGCUUGGAAACUAUUGUUGCCUAGCAAAUUCCACCAACUUGCAGACCUUAUAGCCAGGGUGAUCCAGAUGAGGUCCUGGACUAUAUUAUUGAAAAAAUUAAAAAUCUUCACCAAAUAAAUAUUGAAGAAAUAACUUUAAAGGCAAAAUAUUUUGACGAAAAAAUCGAUAAAAUUUUAAGAAAGAUAAAUGAAAAACGAGAAGAAGUCAUGUACAUAGCUGAGGAUAUAAUAAAUGAAAAGUCUCAAAUUCUAGAUAAAUUGAAAACAUCUCCACUACAUUUCUGGGACUAUGAAGUUAUGCUUUUCGUGAUGUAUUUGUGCUUUUUCAUGCAUUCAAAAUAAAAAAUUUGAUAUAGAAGUUUCCUAUGUUUGGCGCUGUAAGGCCGAUAAAUUCUGAUCGGAAUUUAUCGGUAGGUUGCACCAAAUCAAUGCCUUGGUCGGACCAAAAAGCGAUUUGGUCCGACGAACUUGGAAAGCUCCUGGGAAAAUGUCUGCGCUUUUAGCGCUAUAUAGAGGAAACCUCUAUAUAUACUAGCACAGAAAAAAUAGAUCAUUUUUCCUAAAAACAUUUCAUAGAUUUCUAAAAUUACAACAUACUUUGGCUAACUUUAUUCAAUACAUUAUAUUUAAAAUAAGCAUUUAUAAUAAGAAAUAUAUUCAGAAAAUAAAUAAUGAUAAUGUUCAAGAUUGAUUGGUAGAUAUUUCUUAAAUUUAAAUUAAUUAAGAUUAUAAGAGAAGCUCUGUGAAGGCUUCUCGGGCAGACAAUAUUCACCUCCAUAUCGCUUUGCCGCAACUUGCCAGCUGAGCACGACUUCUCACUGCGCCACUCCUCACGGACAAAGAAUUGAAUUCGCUACCCGUGAGCCAGAGGCUCUGGGUCACCGUGCGGUAUGUCAAUUGGCUUCGCUUCCAAAGAUUAAAAAAAACGAAUUUUCUGAUCACCUAGGCCAAGAUGGAAACUUGCAGUCUGGACGCGAUGCCUGGCAUUGCACCGGUAAAUGGUCCUGAUUGGCCAGGAUUAGCCCUAUUGAUUUUGCUUGAAUCCCAUUCCAAAUCCAAGUCUCAUCUUCCUCCAAGAUAAAACCUUCGCAUGAAGUGAGCUGCGUUCACAGUAGUUCGACGCUGCGCUCACCAAACCAAGUAAUGCCGAGGAGGAUAUAACGCAUAUUUUUUGUAUCGCUAUGGAAUAAUAUCUAAAGAGGUAAAGUAGCGAUCUGGAAAGUUAGCAAAUGCUAUUUUUAUGGCAAGCUCAUUUUUGGCUUGGCAUAACGGAACCUAGUAUAAAAAAUUAUCAAAUUUUAUCUGUACUUGUCAGAAAAAUGUUGGUUUCCAUUUUCUUUUUUACUUGCCAAAUUGAUACCUUACUCUUUUGGCGUUGCUUCUCAGCCAUCUCGAGCUAUAAAAUUACCAAUCGUCAUCCUCCCUUUCACAGGGUUUCUGGGCAUCCUAAUUGCAGGUGCUAAGAGGGUGGCCGGUUCACCGCGCUAUUUUAAUGUAUAGAUUAGACAUCAUGGAAAUUGAAUUCUAAAAAUGAAAGAAUCUAUUGUUGCUAGGGCUUCCAAUAAUUAUAAGUUAAGAUUGGCAGAAAUCAACUUUUUUGACUAUGAAAAAUUAGAAAAUGCCUUUAUUAGAUUAACCCUUUUGCCCUUAACAAACUAAGGAAUUUUCACAUCGUCUCUAAAAUACCUUGGUCAAUUUUUCUUUAGGCAGCAGGAUAGUGUUUGCAUUAGCCGCCCAACUUUCAUAGCUUUGGAGCCGAUAGCUCGACGAAAUUCAACUUCUCAAUAGACAAAGAUCACUAUUUGAGGCCUGUUUAAUGAGCUUAUCACCUAGUCGGAUUUAUUUGAGUCCUGCCUUUCAACCCCUUUAGCACCCAGGAGGCAAAACCCUGAGUUCUAUGAAUUAUCUUCAUGAGACCCAAUUAAAGUCUUGAUUGCAUACACAAUGAAUUUCUACCCAUUCUAGACCCAAAUCUCACACUAAUCAUUAUAUGAGGAAAUUGGGCUGCUAUAUCUGCGAUCUGUCAAUGCCAUUUUUUAGGAUAUAGAAAAUGCCCGUUAAUAAAUUCGAAGAAGCUUAUAAAUUUGGAGAAAGUAAAAAGCUAAAGCAAAUAAAUGCUGAAUUAAUUUCUUGCAAAAAUGAAUUAAAAAAUCUAAGAAUCACCUUUGAAGCAAAAGAAAAAAAAUUCAAUGAUAUUUACGAGGAUAAUAAAGCUUAUAAAGAUAUUAUUAAUAAAUGAGAUUUGCAAAUAAAAGACCAUGAAAAUCAAUUGAAAUUUAAAGAUCAAUAUUAUGAGGAGCUUAUUAAAGAAAAAGAAGAAUCAUGAAAUAAAUUGAUUAAAGAAAAAGAAGAAAACUUUAUGGUCGAAUAUAUACUGUUUUGUAUGAAAAAUUCCAUUGUGAUUAUCCUAUUUUUAUAAUUUUUUUAUCUAUUCAAUUAUAAUAAUUUCGAAUAAAAAUUUGAAAAACGAUUAUGAAAUCUUGAUACCAAAUGCAAAUAUACAUAUCAUUAUAGAAAAGGAAAGCAAGAUAAAAGAGCUUGAAGAAGUAAUCAAGGAGAAAGAAAAAACAAUAGAAGAAUUAAACAGGAAGAUCCGAAGAUCUUCAAUGCAGAUAAAAACAGAAGAAGAAAUUAGAGGCGAUAAUAAGGCAAAAGAUUUAAUUAAUAAAGUAUUUCAAAAGAGUGGAGAAGUAAGCAAGAAAGUAUAUGGAAAUGAUAAGUUUGUGAGAGAAAAGAAAAUCAAGACGCAUGGAGAAAGUGGAUAUGAGCCUGAGCCUCAUAAAAAAGCAAAAUAUAAUAACUAG